CAAGUAAACGUGCUUCUUACUCGCGCUCUAAUGCGUAUGUCAGCGCGCGGCAAAGUAUAAAAAAGAGAAGAAAAAUCACAAUAAAAAAUCAACUAAAGCGUUGCCACAACACAAUUUCAAGCGACACAAUACAAAUUAUGUUCAUCUAAUGCGGCAACAAUUGAGCGAGCUUUCAGCUAAUUUAAAUGCUAGUGCAUACUCAUAAAUACGAAUAUAAUACGUAAACAAAGUAUUUUGUAUAAUAAUUGAUAAAAGCAUCGCUGAGUGGCAACAGUUCCUUCCUUUUUUUUUUUUUUUUGUUGAAUGAUAUCGAUUUUCCGUUACAUCGUUAUACACACACUCUGACCGAGUUUAUACACGCCCCUCUUUAAGACCAACCACCACAACCUCCCCAAACACACACAGCCACAGACCCAUACAUACGCACACAGCCAGCCAGGGGCAGAGGCUGCACUCCUCACUCCUGUGUGUGGGUGCGUGUGUGCGUGCGUGUGUGCGGAGUGAAAGUCAACAUUGACUAAUUGUUGCUUGUUGUCGACUGCGGGAAACUGUAAAAUCGGAAAAGUGGGAAAGGCGUAUUUAAUAAAAGGUUUAUUAACUCAUUUAACGCCGCAUCGCAUUAAGAAGCAUGAUUUAUUUGGCACUGAUUCAAUAGGGACGGACAAACAUUUUAGGGACACAACUGUAUAUAGCAUUAACGGCUUAUUGGAAUCAUAGCAAUCGCUGCUUGAGUAGAGCUAAGCUUUGGUGUCCGUGCGAGUGUGCGAGUCAACAUGGUAGGACAAAUGCAGCUGCUAUUCCAAUGCACGCAUACAGUGGGCGUCAUAAGCUGUUUGAUGCUGUUUCUGCUGGUCCAGACAAUGGCCCAGGGUACACCGCAACAGGUGUGCCCGGAGCAAGCUGAUAUUGCGCCCUGUAUAUGCACCGUCAAGAAGAAUGGACUCGAUGUAUUGUGCGAGACGACGGAUCUGUCGCAUAUUGCCAAAUCCAUGGGCACAUUGAAGGGCAAAAGUCCAAUCAUAUUCUAUUUGAAGCUGCGGCACAAUAAUUUGCCCAAGCUGCAGGGAUUUGUAUUUCUGGCUCUGGACAUACGUCAUCUGACAAUACACAACAGCAGCUUAGCAGCCAUCGAGGAGAAUGCAUUAAGUUCGUUGGGAAAAGGACUCACACAGCUGGAUGUUUCUUUGAAUCAAAUGAAAACGGUGCCAUCGCAAGCUUUGCAACAUCUAUAUCAUUUGUUGAUUUUAAACUUGAACCACAACAAGAUCACUGUAAUUCACAACAACGCUUUUGAGGGACUGGACACGUUGGAGAUUCUAACGCUCUAUGAGAACAAAAUAUCACAGAUUGAUCCUGAAGCAUUCCGCGGGCUAGAGAAGAAACUGAAGCGCUUGAACCUGGGUGGUAAUGAGCUAUCAAGUGUGCCACAAAAGGCGCUCUCCAUAUUGGAUACACUAAAAAAACUCGAGAUACAAGAGAACAAAAUACGAACGAUCAGUGAGGGAGAUUUUGAAGGUCUGCAGAAUUUGGAUUCUUUGAUAUUAGCACAUAAUAUGAUUACAACCGUGCCUGCAAAUGUAUUCACACACUUGAGUCUACUCAACUCGCUGGAACUGGAGGGCAACAAGAUUAGUGUAAUUGACAAGGAUGCGUUCAAGGGACUGGAGGAGAAUCUGCAAUAUUUGCGUUUGGGCGAUAAUAAUAUAAAUGCCAUACCCAGUGAGGCAUUGCGCCCAUUGCACCGUCUACGCCAUUUGGAUUUGAGAAAUAACAAUAUCAAUGUGCUGGCCGAUGAUGCUUUUACUGGAUACGGCGAUUCGCUCACCUUCCUUAAUCUGCAGAAGAACGACAUUAAAGUACUGCCCAGUACCCUCUUCGAGAACCUCAAUUCGCUGGAGACGUUAAAUUUGCAGAAUAAUAAAAUGCAACGCAUUCCACAGGAUACAAUGGAACCGGUCAUCGAUACAUUGCGCAUAAUUGAUAUCACUGACAAUCCAUUAAACUGUUCGUGUGAAUUGAUUUGGUUCCCUAAGCUGUUGGAGGAUCUGAAGAACAAGGACGAUGAAAUGUCACAAAAGAAGAAGCCGCUGUGCCACAUGUCGUUGGAUAAUCGCGAAUAUUUCGUACAAGCGAUGCCCAUCGAGAAGAUGCACUGUGCUGGCCUCAAUGUGAGUCCCUCACCCACCAGCGGCGGUCUAAUGCGGAUACUGCAAGUGAACAUUUUGGCCCAAUUGGCCAUGUGUAGCGUGGCCUUUCUGAGUAGCAUUUAAAUAUAAAUGCGAAGCUCCCUAACCAAAAGCAGCAUAAGCAAACGUAUCGUAAUUGCAUUCACACAUUCCCCGUUUUUUUGUUAUGUUUGCUCUGCUCCAUUUAUCCAUAUUGAUGGAUCAUCAUUAGAUCAGAUCAGAUCAGAUCAUUAGCCGAAGUGAUACCUAUUGAGCCCAGUCAUACCAACCAGCCCAACCAGCCCGCGAUUCCCAAUUCCCAAAUGUCCAAUUUUUUGUAUGCCUACAAACCAUUUCUGUGUUGUUGUAUUGUAUUUUUUAUUAUAGAUUAUAGUGAAUCCGUGAAUUAUGCAACUCUGGCAAUUGUUAGACACAAUAUGCACGCAACAACAACAGCAACAACAACAACUUCCCACUCAAAAACAAACAAGCUGCAAUAUCACCCGCAAGUGCCCCAUCGAAACUGAAUUACACAAAAAUGCAAGACAAAAACUAAAAGCAAAAUAACUAAAAUUAAAAAAAAAAAUAUAUAUAAACACCCACCUUGUUGAAUUAUAUAUCGUUCUGAUGCCAAUAUCAUGAAUCGUGCUACAAAGACAGAAAUAAUUUCGAAAUGAAAUCAUAAAAUAUCCAUUAAAUACGCACACAGAACAUUUCAGACAUUCGAACAGUAGCCCGACAAAAAAAAAAAAAAUAAAAUAAAUAAAUAAAUAAAAAACAAAAGAAUGAAAUGAGAAUUUGAAAGCCGAUCGUUAGCUGUUAACCUAUCGAUAAAUGUGUUUAUCGAUCGGCAAUCGAAACGUAGCUUAGAUUUAAGAGUAAAAAACUAAAACAAAAUGUAAACGCAAACAUAUCUGAAAACGCAUACAUAUCUGAAAAGAAAACGUGAAUUGUUACAAGUUAAGCGAUAUUAUUAUUAUUAUUAUCAUAUUAUUAAAUAUUAUAUUAUAGAACUCUAAGAGCACAUAUAUGUACCUAUUUAUUGUGCAUGCCUAUGUGUGUAGUACUACUAUGUCGUCGUCGCUGUUGUGAGAUACAAUCAUUAUAAUGAAAUCUGUUGUUUUAUUGUUUUUAUCCACAUAUAUGUAUAUAUUCUAUAUAUGUACCGUAUUACAUUUUGCUAUUCAAGUUUUUUCCGCCAAGCAGCAUAUCAAAAAGAAAAACAAAAAAGAAAACCUAGUCGAAAUUUUUCCAAUCUUCGAAUUAUUUACCAAAGAAUUACUAACUCUAUAUGUAUAUGUAAAACUAACACUAAUCUAAAUGAGAAAUGAAAAAUUGUACGCGUUCAAACAAAAGAAGAAGGAAAUAAUAUUUGCAUCAAUCACCAAGAACUGAUUAUGAAAUAAGUAGUUUGUACUCUUUAUAUGCAAGCAAAAGCAAGCAAGAGAGAAACAUGAGGAAAGCGAUAAGCGCAUAUACACGAUAUCAAUUAUUAUAAAUAAAUAUAUACAAAUAAUCGUUAUACCAUAUCACAACAUAUCRGA